AAACAACAAAGCAGGCAGUCUGAGCAGCGCGAGGCACGAACUGAGGCAGCGUCACCGGGCUCCGAACCUCACACACGUUAUUUUCCUCUUUAGCGAACAUGGACGAGGCCAACAAGCUCAUCGGAACCGGCAAGAAGCACCUGGUGAUGGGGAAGGUGGUGGAGGCGGUGGCCGCCCUGCAGGACGCCUGCGGCAUGCUAGCUAAGAAGUACGGCGACACGGCAGACGAGUGCGGAGAGGCGUUCUUCUGGUGCGGCAAAGCACUGCUGGAUCUGGCGCGGAUGGAGAACUCGGUGCUGGGGAACGCUCUGGAAGGCGUGCCGGAGGAGGACGACGAGGUGGACGAAGGCAAACCCAAAGACUCCAACGUUGAGGGCACGGAAAGCAUCGACGAGAAGACCAGAGACGAGCUGAGGGUUCAGGUGUACGACGCCAUGGCGGAGAAGAAGAACGAGGAGGAGAAGCAGCAGAGCGAGGACGCGGAGAAGAUGGAGGCAGCUGAUGAACAGAAAACCGAGAAAGUAGAGGGAGAGGAGGAGAAGAGCAGCGAGGCGAGUGGAAGCAAACCUGCAGAAAGUGAAGACAAGAAGGAGGAGGAGGAGGAGGAGAAACCAGCCGAGAAGGAGGAACCAGCUGCGGAGGAGGAAUCUGCAGAUAAAAAGGAAGAAUCAGAAGACCAGCCAGAGGAGGCAGAAGACGAUGAGGAGACGGAGGAGACGGAGGAGGGUGAAGACAUGGAAAUGGAGGGCGACGCUGAAGGUGAAGGAGUCGGCACCGCGGAGAAGGACAGUGAUGAGGAGGAGGAGGAGGUGGGGAACCUGCAGCUGGCCUGGGAGAUGCUGGAAGUAGCUAAAGUCAUCUAUAAAAGGAAGGAGACGAAGGAGGACCAGCUGAUGGCGGCUCAGACUCACCUGAAGCUGGGAGAAGUUUCUGCAGAAUCAGGAAAUUACUCCCAAGCACUGGAGGACUUCCAGGAGUGUCUGAAGCUGCAGGUGAAUCACUUGGACCCGGACAGCCGCCUGCUCGCCGAGACCCACUACCAGCUGGGCCUGACCUACAGCCUGAACCAGCAGUACAGCGAGGCCAUCGAGUCCUUCAACCACUCCGUCUCCGUCAUCAGGAGCCGGCUGGAGAAAUUGAAGGAGCUUCUCGACAAAGCCGAGGGUCCGGAAGCUUUGCCGGAGGAAAGGAAGGAGAUGGAGGAGCUGAAGGCGCUGCUGCCGGAGAUCCAGGAGAAGGUGGAGGACGCCAACGAAGGCCUGAAGACGGCGAGCAUCGCUGCCGAGGCGGUGAAGGAUGUGCUGGACGGAGCCUCCACUUCCUCAGCGUUCCCCGGUACCAGCGCACAGAGCAGCGGCGCCUCAUCGAGCUCAGCGACUAACAGCGCAUCAGAAAACGGACCCACUUCCUCCAGUAAACAAAGCUCCACCGCUCCGGUCUCUGACAUCUCCCACCUGGUCAGAAAGAAGAGGAAACAAGAGGACAGUCCGGUGAAGGAGGACGCUAAGAAGGCGAAGCAGGAUGACGCUCAGACGGAUGAAGUGCAGGAAGCUCACACCAACGGUGCACACAAAGACACCAACGGUGCACACAAAGACACCAACGGUGCUCACAAAGACACCAAUGGUGCUCACAAAGACACCAAUGGUGCUCACAAAGACACAAACGGUGCACACAAAGACACCAACGGUGCUCACAAAGACAACGAAGACGCUAACGGGGAAACUAAAAGCAUGGAAGACGAGGGUCAGUGAAGCCAGACUGCUGCCUCGGUUCCAGGAAGGAUCCACCAACGUGCCAAGCUCCUAUUCCAACAAGCUCCUGCUUGCUGUUGUAAAUAUGUGUAUCUUUUUCUAUGCCUGUUCGUUUGUACAUGUAUGUGACCUAUAACAUUGAAUAAAGACUAUUGGAUAAAC